GAUGGACAACUGGUUGAUGUAUAAAAUAUAUAUACUGGGAAUCGACAGUAUAAAUAUACUGUUUAUAUAGUAACCAGUUAUCCAUCACUUCUUUUUUCCAUAAUUUAUCCCAGGAUAAUCAUCAGGAAAAAUAAACUGCACUUAUUAUUGAGAUCAUCCAAGCUAACAAUAGCAGAAAUGAGCAUUUAAACCUUUUAGGAUAAAUGUGAAAAAAAAAAUCACUUCACAUUUUAUAUUUUUAUGACAGUUCAUGAUGAAUCUCUGUGAUCCAAACACCUGGUUCAGCUGCUGCAGUCCCAUAACUGGGUCAGUCAGAUAUGGAAAGAUAGCGCCACCAUACCACUACAUAUGGAGGACAACAUGCACCCAUGCACUGACUCAUAACAUGGAAAUUUACAGUCCUUGUAUUUGCCAACAUGGCACUAAAAAUACAACGCUGCACUUUUUUGGAGUCCCCUACAGUGGCAUAGUUGGAUUGGAGUUCUGCCAUUUAAACAAACAAUACUGUAUGAUGACUAACUGCGUGUUUCAACCUUCCAGCUCACUACUAAAUGCAGGAACAACAAAUUACAAAACACGUUUUAACGAAAAGCUGCAGUGAGACAAUUAUUGGUUUGAACAUAUGGCUACAAUUUGGGGUGCAGUGUACAUGCGCGCGGCUUCUUGUACUUUCAUCAUGACUCAGCAUUUACUUUACAAGUCUUUGCUGCACAGACCACCUAAAGAAAUUACUGGCUUGAUUAAAAUAUAAGAUAAAACAUUGAUUUUAUGGAAUAAGAUCUAAUUAAUGUUUGUGCAUUAAUGUGGGUUUGGGGACAUGAUACAUUUGAUUGUGGAGUCAACAAGACAAAAGGAAGGCGUGCUCUAAACUACACACAUUCCCACACGUGACAAAUGCAGGUUUACAGUCGGCCCACAUAUUUGGGGUGGGACCCCACCAUGUAACACAUGCCAUGCUAUGAUGUAACAGCAUCAUGGGCAGUAUUUAAAGAGGCAGACCUCUUCCCCGCUCCUGCAUCUGUUCCACUUAUUAUCUGAGAUUCGACGAGAGGUUUGGUUAUUGUCCCUUGGAUUUGGAGUAUGAUUAUACGCCUCAUUGCUGUUAAAAAAUCUAUGGAAAAACAAGAAAAGUUGUUUAUAGCUGGGACAAAGUUCAGCCAGAGGGACGCCUUUAGAGAAUCCUGAUCUCUAAAAUAUCUGUCCCAAACUGCUCCUAUAAAGAUUUUGCAGGAACAUCUUGUCGUGUUCACGUUCACAAAUACAACGCUUGUGUUUUUGAAAAACACUGUGGAAAAUGGUUGGAUUCAGGCCUGCAGAUGUGCCACCUUCGGCAGCUGUAAAGUUUGUGGGAGCAGGAACUGCAGCCUGCAUCGCUGACCUGCUCACCUUUCCCUUAGACACAGCCAAAGUGCGACUGCAGAUCCAAGGAGAGGCCAGAGGCUCUGCUGCUACAGGGAGCGGCUCUACGGUGAAGUAUCGAGGGGUGUUCGGCACCAUCGCCACCAUGGUGCGUACUGAGGGUCCUCUGAGUCUUUACAGUGGGCUGGUGGCAGGACUCCAGAGGCAGAUGAGCUUUGCGUCUGUCCGAAUUGGUCUCUACGACUCUGUUAAACAGUUCUACACUAAAGGCUCUGACCAUGUGGGCAUUGGGAGUCGGCUGCUGGCUGGAUCUACCACAGGUGCCUUGGCGGUUGCCAUUGCUCAGCCCACAGACGUGGUGAAAGUUCGCUUCCAGGCACAGGCCAGAUGUCUUGGCCGUGCCAGGCGCUACUGUAGCACAGUGGAUGCUUACAAGACAAUUGCCAAGGAGGAAGGCAUUUGUGGUCUGUGGAAAGGCACAGCUCCAAACAUUGCACGUAACGCUAUUGUUAACUGCACAGAACUGGUGACCUAUGACUUUAUCAAGGAUAUGCUCCUUAGGUCCACGCAGCUGACAGAUAAUCUGCCCUGCCAUUUUGCAUCAGCCUUUGGUGCGGGGUUGUGCACAACAGUGAUCGCCUCCCCUGUUGAUGUGGUCAAGACAAGAUACAUGAACUCUGCUCUUGGCCAGUACAGCAGCGUUCUCAACUGUGCUGCUGCCAUGAUGACCAAUGAAGGCCCGUGUGCUUUUUACAAAGGGUUUAUCCCGUCUUUCUUACGCCUGGGGUCCUGGAACGUGGUCAUGUUUGUGACGUACGAGCAGCUGAAACGAGCAAUGAUGGCAGCGAAUCACAGCUGCAAAGCUUAUCUGUAAUCUCUACUGUCUCUCGAUGGGCUCGUGUUCGACCACACUCACAUUGUCUUUCAUUUUUGUUAUCUUCCAGCGUGUUUACAGAAAUAUUCUGACAGAGUGCAAAGUGCAAAUAAAAACAGAAAGACACGA